AUGGAAAAUUAUGAAACUCUAUUCGAGAGCAUGAUAUUAGAAGAUGAUAACGCAUAUGACAUAAUAAAAAAAUGUGAAGAAAAAAAAAUAAAAAAAAUUUUGUACAAAUCAAUACAUGACCCGAACAUACUACCAAGUUAUUCAACAUUUAAUUUAAGAGGAAAACGCUACAACAUUUCUAACCUAUCAGGAGAGUCUAUUAAAAAAAUAGAGAAACAGAAAAAAGUAAAAGAAUUACAAAUAAGCUAUGAAAAAAAGUUGUUAAAAAAAGGAGAAAAAAAUCAAAUAAUACCUUCUUUAAAUGAAAUAAAAAAAGUCAACCCAACCUUAUUAACAGUUAAAAAAAAAAAAAAAAAAUUUAAGGAUGCAUUACCAGAUAGAAAUGAUGUACCGCUAAUGAAUAUAACCGCAGAUGUUGAUUACAUAUAUGAUAAUGCUGUUCAGAUAAUUAAUUCAAAGCCUGUCCAAAUAAAAAAGAAGGAAGGAAAAAAAUUCUUAUAUGAAAACCCAUUGACGAAAGAAGAUUAUGGAAAAGUUAGUGCAUACCUUAUAAAUAUAAAACAUGAGUUAAAAGAAAAGGAAAAUUUGAAAAAACAAGAUAUUAUUGAUGAAGAAAAAAUAGCCGCUGAAUUACAAGUUAAAAAGACAAAAUUGUUAACUGAACUUAAAAAUAAAUAUAAUGAAAUUAAUAAGGAAUACCUAAAAAUAUCCCAUGUUGUUGAUAUUAAUUCAAUUAGGAAAUUGAAAAAAAAAGACAAUUAUGAAAAACAGUUAAAUCAGUUAGAAAAGGACAUUCAAAAACUAGAAAAACAAAUGUAUUGA